CCGUGGUAAAAUAGUUGGUUUUGAUCUAAUUACAAGAAAUAUACAGUAGAAAAUGUAGCUUGCCAGGGUAAAUUUUGAGGACUACCUACACUUGGUUAAAUUUAAAACUGAUCAGAUAACUUAAUAACCCUUACAGAUAAAAAAAAAAAAAAUGGAUUAAGACAAAAUGAAAAGGACUAAAUAAUGACUUUGAAAUGCAUACACAAUAUUUUCAUAAACUUGAAAUAUAUGCAUGUAGGUUGUAUUCUUCAAAAACCUCGUGUUGGGAGUCACAUUUUCUUCAUGAAGCUUUAUUGAGUAGUAAUAAAGUGGUAGAUAUUCAUCUCAAUCCAACAUUGAACAGGUUCUAGGUAUACGCGGGAUUCCUUAUAAAUGUGUAUAUAAUACAAUAUAAAAAGCUAGGGGAACGCCCAGCAUAAAUUAAACUUUCUCUGUUGUGGAAAACCUGGGAGAUAUUAAAAUCAUGCUGAUAGAUAUCAUUGAUAAAUUCACUGUUUAAAUACGUUGUAAAUGCUUCGGCGCACUUUGAAUGUCGGCGUGUAUUUGCUUUACACAUUGCAAUAUGUCACAGAUUUUUUCCACAUGAUUACUAGUAUGUGUUUUCGGAGACGACAAUUGAAGGAAUUUUGUUUGUUGGGAAUUGCAGUGUGUCUUUGUAUAUACCUGUAUGAGUGGACUGGUUCAAACCACGCAAGUAAAAAACGUGGAUUAACAAGCAUGAAAACAACAUGCUUUUAUAAUGAAUCUCAAGAGAUUUUCAACACUUCCAAGUGGAAUUUACCACCUGUGCCUAAGAAUUCAUUAAAUAAUGAUACAAUCGGACAGGUAUCGUUUGAAGUUAUCGAGUAUUUCACAGUGCUUAACAGGACAUUAUGCCAAGAUUUCGUGGUCUUAAUUCUUACCCCCAUCCACAACAGCGAACAUGAAAUGAAGAGCUAUGUGGAUCUUAUCAAAAGUCUGGAUUAUCCGAGACACCUGUUAUCUCUUUCCUUUGGAGAGGACGGCAGUCGGGACAAUACACUAGCCAAAGCACGCAUUGCUGCGGAUGAAAUAAAAGCAACUGGAUUUCGCCGAGCAGACGUCUACCAUCUCAACCUCACUGGUCGAACAGAGGACAGCUGGGGGUUUGAACAUGCUCGUGGAAAUCAACUUCAACGAAGAAGUCACCUAGCAAAAGCACGAAACCUGCUAUUGAAGGAAGCGCUGAGGGACGAGGACUACGUUCUGUGGUUGGAUUCUGACAUGCGUACCGCUCCUUCAGACUUAAUACAACAAAUGAUCCACGCAGACAAGGAUGUAGUAUCGGCCUCUUGUCUGUUCAAAGACGGUAGAGGGAAACUGCGUGUUUACGACAAAAAUACAUGGCGAGAAACGACCGAGUCUUUGCAGAAGCAAAAGGGACUUCCGAAAGGGCAUCUUAUAGUAGAGGGAUAUGGUCCAUCGAUGAGGAUAUACCUUCCACAUUUACGAGGGGAGGGCAAGAGAAUUGUUCCUAUAGAUGGUGUUGGUGGAUGUAGUUUACUAAUUAAAGCGGAGAGUCACCGGAAAGGACUUCAUUUUCCUGAGAAAUUGUUUGAAAGACACAUUGAAACAGAGGGCCUAGCAAAAAUGGCGAAAUAUAUGGGAUACAGUGUUUAUGGACUACCGUUUGUAAACGUUUUCCAUUCAUAGAUAGUAUUUAAAUUAUUUCCAACUUUUCCCCAUAUGGAUUAAGAUAUGUGUAAUAUUUUGCAGAUUUUAUCACCAUGUGAUAUAAACAAGAUACUAAGUUCUGACAGAACAUCCGUACAACUCAAAGCGCAUGCCCACGUAGUUGUUUGUGUUACUGGGCUGCUUAUAAAAGUCUGCCACGUGGAUUCUGACAUAUCGUGCAUUAAUGGGAGGUUCCAAGCUGUGUUGCUUGAUCGAAGUCUGGUCUGUGUUACCAUCAAAGUACUGAAAUGUACAAAAACAUUAAUAUAUAUUAGUAAAUGUACUUGUUGGCCUAAUUUUCAGCUAUCCUUUAUCCAGUUGCUUUUAUUUCAUUAGUAUACAGGUGCGUAUCAGUGUAGAUGUCACAUGGAGAUUAGGUGUAUGGCUGAUAGCAGUAUAAAAGUAAACAAACUAAGUUCAAGUAUCAGAGGUUUAAUUGACAUAACACAUUGUACCUUUUUCUGGCAGUUCUCCUGGUAGUCCAUCCAUUGGAGACCAUCUGAGGAAAACUGUAUCGUAUAGUUAGUCACACGGACGUCACAACACGGGGCUCCCUUAAGAGAAAUGAGAAGAAUUGAUUCGUGUUAAAUCGUUGCAUUUAAUUUCAUGUGAUAUUGUUGUUCUUAUUUCAAUUUUAGCUGAUUAUCUUCAUUUAAACAUUUUAUGUGGAAUAUAUCUAUAUAGAUAAUGCUUUUUACGACCAAUAAUGAUAACAAGAGUAGACAAAGAGCACAACAGGAUAUUAAUCACAGAAACAGUAUCCAUUGUAGAUUGUACAUUUCCAGAUAUAUAACACAUAUCUGUAAAAAUUAAAUGUUGGGCUACACUCUGGUACACGUACUUAAUAAAUAAUCCGUGCACCUUGGUAAGUGAUGAUAAGCGUAAAGUAUGGCGCGACAAAUCAACAUAAACUCAAGAUAUCUUUGAUUAUUUGAAAAUAUCAUCAAUUCAAUUAUUGCGCGCAAUAAUGGAUUUGAUGUGCGCUUUAAUUUAAUUCAGUUGAUGAGAGCAAUAAUUGAUUUGAUCGUCAUUUCAAUUUAUGAGCGCAUCAGUGUGGUGCAUGGAAUUAUUACUCAUUAUUCAGAGCUCGGUAUAAAUGAUUUGAUCAUCUCUUUGAUUUGAUUAAUUCAAUUGAAGCGCUACGCGCAUUGAUGAAGUUUUUCGUUCAAUUUUCCCUAUGAUUUCUUAACAGAUAAAUCCGAUGACGAUUUUACAUGAAUGAAAAUUUUUCGAAUGAGACGCAAAACAGCAUACAAAGAUAAUUUUAAAAGGAAUGAUUCUGUUUUGUAUAGAUUGGGACAUAGUAUUAAUAUCCAUUCUCAAACCCUCGAUCUUUUAAGUACUUCCCACGUCCCCGCGUCUGAUACCACAGAGAGUCCUUUAAAUUGAUUUUGAUAAAGUUUAGAAAAUAAAAUCUACCUGAGUAGCUAU